AUGCAUAUGCGCGGAGGCUCUCUGCUCCUCCUCUCUGUGGGCACCGCAGCGCUCCGCCUCCCGCCUCCGGCAGCGUGCGCGCGGCCGACUCUCGCCUCGCCCGUCCGCGCCGCGAAUCCGGCGCUCUCGGCUCCUCGCGCCGCCGCUGCAUGCCGCACCACCACGCCGGUGCUCACGGCUACUGCUCCACCGACACCGCUGACGCAGCUCGCGUCGCGGCUGUGGUCGUGGGGCUGGCUCAACUGGUGGGUGCAGGGAGCGCUCUCCGUCGUCGGCGCUGUCCUCCUCCUCUUUGCCAACUCGGUGUCGUCGGCGAGUGUGAGUGCGCCGGCGCUUGCGGGCCGCGCGCUCGCGCUGGCGGCAUGCGCCACCUCGUUCGCGUCGACGUUCUGGCAGUGGGGCUACACGCGGCUGGCCGUGCGGAUCCGCAGGCGGCCCGAGCGCUGGACUGCCGCGAGCGCCGCGUCGAACGCAGCAAGGGCGCUGUACGUCGGCACCGCGCUCAACCUCGUCGGGAUCGGGAUCGCAAUCGUGGGCGCGGAGGCGAUCGUGGGCAACCUCGCCGCCAAGGCGCUCACCCAGGGCUCGGCCGUCGUCCUCGACGGGCGCGCCGCCGCCGCCACCGUCCAGGCCCUCGACGUGCUCAUCGUGCAGGCAAACACAAACACGAUCGCCGCCUGCUUCUUCGGCCUGCUCACGUCGAUGCGGCUCAAGCUGGCGGCGGCGACGGCCGAGCGGGCCGCCGAGGCGUGA